AUGGAUUCUUCAAGCAAGCAGAAUGUGAAUCUCACCCCACGCGAGUGCGAGAUUCUCGUCGGCGCCUGGCUUUCGCUCAAAGACCCCCAGCCACAGGUACUAUUUGUUGUACGCUUUCAGCUCGACUAUGAGAACUUUGCCAACUUCCUCGGCCUUCAGAAGGCCAAAUCAGCUCGCAACGCCUUUGGAGUGCUCAAAAAGCGUCUUCAGGAGGAGUUCGGCAAUGGCGUCAGUGGCAAUUCCGUCAACAACAAGGUUGUCACCACCAAGAAGACCAGCACCAAGUCGACCACUACAAAGAAGAAGGCUUCCGAGAUGCUGGGAGAUGACACCGGCGGCGAUCAGGUCGACACCAACCCUUUCCAGCCCGCUGCAAAGAAGGCCAAGCAGGACAACUACGAUCCCGGUCACUCUGAGCUCGAGGAGGGUUACAUCUACGAGGAUGGACGUAUCUGA